GUCAAGACAUAUCAUCUGGCCGUGCUAUGCACGCGGUCGCCCGCAAUAUACUUAUCGUCGACCCAAUCUGACCAUUCGAGCGUUUGCUGCUUCAUUCUCAACCACCACCAUGACCCAGAUGGCUGCCCCUACUCUUCCUGACGACUCCGCGCUCGAGACUUACCGCAUCAAAGAUGAUAUCAAGGUUAUCGAACGGUUCUUCACUCUCCCUUUGAAUUAUGCCGACCCCGAAGGCGAGAAGAUUCAAGUCUUUGCACGCAACCUCAUCCCGGUCAAUAAAGCAAAGACUAAAGCGGAGGAAGACAAGCUUCCCUACAUGGUCUAUCUGCAAGGUGGUCCCGGAAGCGAAGUCGAGCUCAUGGGGAGUUCUAGCUAUUCGGGAGAGCUUCAUGACAGAGGUUAUCAGACCCUUUGGCUAGACCAGCGUGGCACAGGGCUCAGCACGACCGUCUCCGCCGAACUCCUCCAAUCCAAAUCCGACAAGGAAAAGGCAACAUACCUCAAACAUUUUCGUGCAGACAACAUCGUACGAGACUGCGAAGCCAUCCGCAAGAUCCUCCUGGGCCACAAAGAGAAUGUCGAAGACCAGAAGUGGUCCAUCAUAGGACAGAGCUUCGGCGGCUUUUGUGCUCUGAACUACCUGUCUUUCUUUCCUCAAGGAUUGAAGGAAGUAUUUCUCACGGGCGGGCUCGCACCACUCGUCGACCAUCCGGACCCAGUGUACGAGGCCACUGUCAAGCGGGUAAUCAAGAGAAAUCAGGUGUACUAUGAGAAAUAUCCACAAGAUAUCAAACGGGUUCGAGACAUCCUAUCGUAUUUGGAGAACAACGAGGUGUUGCUACCCAACGGUGGACAUCUCACACCCAGACGAUGGCAGCAACUAGGUCUCGAUUUCGGGAUGCGAGGUGGUAUAGACCGUAUACACCAGCUUGUCUUCCGCGCAUCCAACGAUCUCUCUAUAUUCGGCAGACUGUCGUACAAAACAUUACAAAACGUCCAACAGAAGCAAAGCCUCGACGGCAACCCGAUUUUCGCGAUCUUGCACGAGCCUAUAUACUGUCAAGGACAUGCCCCACGAUGGGCCGCUGCCCGCGUCGUCGCCCAGGAUGCACGCUUCUCAUGGUCGCAUGUGAAGACAUUGGCCGAGACAGAACCGAUAUUUUACUACGGAGAAAUGAUAUUUCCCGACAUGUUCGACGACUACAGCAACCUGCGACCAUUGAAAGGCGCAGCGAUGUUGCUCGCCGAAGAUGAUUCCUGGGGACCGCUCUACGAUCUCGAGCAGCUCGCGAAGAACGAGGUCAAGGUCAACGCCGCCACGUACAUGGAGGACAUGUACGUCGACUUCAAUCUCGCCCAGGAUACGGCCUCGAAGGUCAAGAACACGGAGCAAUUCAUCACGAACCAGAUCUUCCACGAUGGACUCAGACUGGACACGAAGGAGGUGAUCUCGAAAUUGUUUGACCUGAAUAAGAGGGUGAAGGAUUAGGUGGGUAACUUGAUGUAGCAGCGGUUUAGGCUGUGCGCCAUGCCAGAAGGUGACCGUCAUGAUGUACGUUGGGACUUUUCAGGCUUUUGGACUUCCAGGAAUAUAGCUGCACUCGGUCGAAAUGGGUACAUGGAGGCCC